UUUGUGACUUAUCACUUCGCACUGAUACUGAUAUUGCAGAUCAUCGAUAAUGAUCAUUCGAUAGUGAAAAACGUCUGUGCUAAUCUGACCCAGCUUAACCUAAUUUCUUUCUCAUGAAUUGCGUACUUAAUUGAUAAUGUGAUGCAAUAAUCAAUGUUAUCGGGUUCGAAAAUGCUGAACUUAAUUUUAUAGAUGGUUAAGCGAUGCGAACUAGCGAAUCACUUUGCGUUUAGAUGCUCUAGAGAUGUACAGUUUACCGACCCAAUAUUAUCUAGCAUUUGAAUUAACUAUUUUAGCAUUAAUUAUCGAGAGCCAUUGGACAGAUAGUUCGAGUAAACUCUAUCUUGAUAAUUUUGAGAACAAUUCCAUCUGUAUCUCAGGUGAAGAAUAUGAAAUAUUAUCUGAGUGUCAUCCAUGUACAGCUUUCGAGAUUGCAAGUGAAAGCAUCGGCAUUUGUGUUCAUGCUAGAUACAAAGAAGUGCUCAAGUGUAAAAGUGGAGAAACAAUAACAAGAAGUUGCGAUAAAGUAGCCUGGUUAGAAGAAAGAACAUUUUGGAAGUUUGAGGGUUUCAUGUUUGCCUUGGCAGUUACUUCUUGCCUCAGCAUAUAUUGGAGAGAGAAUGUAUUGAGACAGAGAAUAAUCAAAAAAGUAGCUAGACAACUGCGGGUCAGUGUGUGAGUGCUGUGCGUUUGGGACUGCGUUAGCAGAGGUGUCUUUGUAUGUUUUAUAUUUUUAUAUCUUUCGUUGUUUUUGUUUGAGGAAGAAAU